AGCGCGGCCAUGGGCGGCGAGUGGGCCUUGCUGCGGCCGGCGGCGCGCGGCGUCCGGCCCUCCUCCUUCCGCUGUUUCUGUUGCCAACCACCAACUCAUGAUGCCUGCGUGCCUUGCAGAUGCUGAGCCCUAGGCGGGACAUCUCCUCCUGGCUGGCCCGAUGGUUCCCCAGAGUCCCAGCCAAGCCGGUGGUGGCCCAGAAAGCACCCAUCAAGGUGGAGCUGGUGGCUGGGAAGACCUACAGGUGGUGUGUGUGUGGCCGCAGCAAGAAGCAGCCCUUCUGUGAUGGCUCCCACUUCUUCCAACGCACUGGCCUGUCCCCACUCAAGUUCAAGGCCCAGGAGACCCGCAUGGUGGCCCUCUGUUCCUGCAAGGCCACCCAGAAGCCCCCAUACUGCGAUGGAACCCACAGGAGUGAGCAGGUGCAGAAGGCGGAACUGGGCUCCCCACUGAGCGGAUAGCUGCUGCUUAGCCCUGGGGGCCUCAGUGUAAGGCUCUUUGCCCUGGGGACUCCAGAAAGGAUCAUCCAGGGACCCUCGGGCCGCCAGCUGGCUCACGGAGGAAAUGUUCCCCGUCCCCCUAGGUCUGUAGCCUGGGCAGCGGGAGUGGGCUCACGGUUCGUCGUCGUCUGCUGGCCUAGAAGAUGGCAUUAAAUGAGUGUGCCCACCCCGA